GACUUUACUUAAAUACCUUGGAUCUCAAGACAACUUUCAACUUCAUAUCCGAUCUUGGGAAAUCACCAAGACUCAAGAGUUCCGAGCUUAUGUCAGAUUCUAUCGCACUGGAUCGUCAAGUAGAAGCUUCGCCGUCAAGUGUUUUUAAAUUUUCAUAUUACUAGAGCCCCGUCUUUCUUCCGAGUCGGGGACAUUCCACCGUACCGGUGUCAUCUCAGUCUACCGUACAGACGCAGUUUUGUUCCCAUGAGGAGGCAGAGCAUGGCUCUGCUCAGUUCGGGCUACCCGGCGGCCGCUUUUCAGAGUGGACUCCCAUGUAGCGGGUUGCUCUCGAUCGGCGUGCCGUCCGCUACGGGGCAGAUGCCUUACCCUAACCUCUCCAUGAUGAGGGUUCCCCCCCACAUUGCCGUCGGCUUCUCCAUGGCUAACCUCUCGGCAGCUUACUUCCAAAACUCCCAGAGACCGGACUCUGACUUCCCUACCCUGGUCAACCAUCAGUCUCCCCUGCAUCACAGCACGACCCAUCCGGCGCUCAGGGCCGUCCCUUCAGUUAAACGCAAGGGCGUUACAAACUUCUCAAUUGCCGGUAUUUUGGGCAGGGACGAGGACACACAUAGUACCGAGAGUUGCGCCCACGACAGCCCGUCCAAACCCACCUCCUUUGAGCCAGAAGCUUUGCCCGUACGCGUAGUAGAUGGACAUGACUCUAAAGUUCAUGUGAAAACUGAAAGCCUAAGUUCGCCUAAAGUCGAAGAUGAUGAAAGUGACAAUCCUCUUGCCAGGUUUUCUUGGUUGCAAUGUACGAGAUAUAAACCUCCACGUCUACCGAGAGCCAAGAGGAAAGACGGAGCUAAGAAGCGAAAGCUUGGCCGUAACCCACGGGUGCCAUUCUCCCCGUCCCAGGUCGCUACACUGGAGCAGAAGUUUCGAUGUACGCAUUAUCUGAGUAGCAUUGAUGUCGCUGAACUCUCUGCCGCUCUCAACCUCUCAGAGAACAGGGUCAAAAUCUGGUUUCAGAAUCGGCGAGCCCGUGAGCGUCGUGACAAGGAAGCGGCCACGAAAGACAUCCCUACCUCACCACCGGGUGCGACUCUCUUGAAGCCCUGUGGCUCCCCGGCACCAGCCACCGGGCCGUCCACGCUGAUCGGCGUGGGACAUCCCGGGCUUUCUCCCUCGCCAGUGGAUGGCUGUGUCUCGGCCUUCACCCCUCUUACGUACCCAUUCACCCGUUAGUUCAUAUGAUUCGGCUGCCAAGUCACGUUUGUUGCGAUUCAGUGGUUACUGAUGUUCGUUUCUAAUUUUGGAAUCAAUUCAUCAAACUAUUAGUUCUUAAUAGUCGUGUUUGGUUGGUGGACCAGUAAUUAGGUAAUCCAAAUAGGCUCAUAAAAUCGAAGUCAAAUUUAAAGAUGUUUUAAAUUCAUUCAUACAAAUGAUUACUUGACCUUUCCAACCCAUGACUUCACUAAAAAGUUGACUCAAAUCUUGUGGUUACAAACCCUUCAAGUGUCAAAUGGCCUUCAUUUUAGUGGAACUAAUUUGUUACAAUCUGUAAUGUAAAAAGGUUACUUAAUUUCUAUGAGUUUGAGAAUGACGAGGGCCAAAUUUCAUCGAGCACGGUUAAGCAGAAAAUAUUUCUCAACAGUUUUCAGCUCAGCAGAAAUGAGCAGGAUACCAGUCACAAGUUGUAUAUGUGACAGGGUUGCUCGGCUGGAAACCUUAUUGUAUGGUAAAGCAUAAUUGUUUAUGCUUAGCUAGUUUUUGUGCUUAAAGGCAGUGGACACUAUUGGAUAUUACUCAAAGUAAUUAUUCAUAAAACCCUAC